UGAUGACAGCUGUCGAAAAUCAACAAAAAUCUGGUCUACGUUUGAAAAUAAAAUUGCGAUUUUCGUGUUGAAUUGAAACGUUUACAAAGUUUUAUUUUUACCGUGAAAUAAGUGAAAACCGUUCGGAUGGGAAGUCGUAGCCGCUCCCGGGAGCGAACCCAUAGCAGCCGCCAACAUCACAACGGGAAAGGAGAGGUUCGCGAAAAAAGGAAACAACGGAGUCCAAGUUCCAGCAGUAGUGAUAGCAGCAGACGGAGCAGUAGCAAAAGCAGUAGUGAUCGUUCUCGCAGCAGGAACCGAAAUCGACGACGAUCACGCUCCACUUCUCCCGUUAAACAACGAUCCCGUGACGAGCGUAAGAAUGAAGCAAAGUCCCAUCGCAGGUCAGUAUCAAAAGAACGUCGCCAUCGUCGUCGGUCCAAAUCGAGAUCCAGAUCCAGGGAACACAAAUCACGGACCCCAAACCGGCGGCGUAGGUCGCCGUCUCGAUCACCAUCAAAGGAACGUCAACGUCGUCAUCGAUCCAGAUCGAGAUCAAGAUCCAAGGAUCGUAACAAGCAUACGUCCCGUCGUAAAUCACGAACACCAGAGCGACGACGAAGAUCGCAGUCCCGGAGCAGACAAAAUCAGGAGAAGCAUCGCUUCGGACUAGGUUACAACGGAUCAGCAGAUGGAGAUGGGGCGGGUGAUUCCAGUAAGAAAUGGGAACACGAUAUGUACCAGGAACGACAAUAUCGACGUGAUGCAGAUCGCAGUCACCGUGGCCGAUCCAACAAGGAUGGAAUGGAUGAUGAAUUUCUUCAGUCGCGGCGAUUGCAGCGGGAAAUCAUAGGCGAGGAAGGUGUUGCGAUGGCUUGGGCGGAUUCACCCUCACCGCGGGAUUCGUCCGAUGAUGAACGGGAUCAGGCGCUGGAGAAGAAGGCCGCGAAAAAAGCAUCGAAAAAGAAGAAGAAAAAGGAUAAAAAGAAGAAAAAGUCCUCCAAGAAACAGCGUAAAAAGGAGAAACACUCGAAGAAGAAGAAAAAGAAAGCGUCAUCCUCGGAUAGUUCGUCGUCAUCGGAUAGUGAGGAAGCGGAUGGAGAAGAAGAAUGGGUGGAGAAGUCGUUGAUCGGUACGUCGGGAUUGGCUAAAGCGGGUAGCUCCAAGGGUGCGCUGGAAGAGGAAUCUGCGGACGGAGUUGUCGGUCCGGUUAAAACAAGUGGCAAUCUCAAUCAGAAGGACUUUGGCCGUGCGCUGCUUCCGGGAGAGGGUGCUGCCAUGGCAGCGUACGUUACCGAGGGCAAACGAAUUCCUCGGCGUGGUGAGAUUGGUUUGACUUCGGAUGAAAUUGAUACCUUCGAGAAGGUUGGUUACGUCAUGAGCGGAAGCAGACAUCGUCGCAUGGAGGCUGUUCGUAUCCGUAAGGAAAACCAGAUCUAUUCGGCGGACGAGAAGCGUGCGUUGGCAAUGUUCAGCAAGGAGGAACGUCAGAAGCGGGAGAACAAGAUUCUGUCGCAGUUCAAGGAGAUGAUUAGUGCUAAGCUAGCCAGUGACAAGCACUGAGCACAUUUUAGGCUAUAACAUAACUUUAGUGCUAUGGAAUGGACAUCUUUCUACACUUGAAUAGAAAAUAAUUUUAUUUAUGUC